AUGGAUAAGACGACUAUAAGUCACCACGCUUCGAUUAAAAUCACGCGCUUUUGUAUGACCGGAAUCGGUAUGUGGACGUCGGAAAAUCCUCGAGACAAAAUUAUUUCAAAUAUUAUACUGAGUUACACUAUUGCGACAACAAUAAUUGCACUUAUUGUUGAAGGAUUCGACUGUUAUCAUUGUUUAGGUGACUUACACGCUAUUUCUUACACAGCACCUUGUACAAUUACUGUAAUCAUCGAGCUAUUCAAGUUGACAAAAUUUGUUAUCAACCGAAGUGAAGUGCUGGCUUUUAAUGACUACACAUAUCGCACAUUUUGGAGUAUCACAUACAACGAUUCAGAGCGUAGAAUUUUAGAUAGCUGUAACAAUAAAAGUAUCAAGAUAAUAGUCGUUUAUAUUAUUAUACUACAACUUAUUGCUUGGGAAUAUUUGAGUAUUCCAAUAAUCGAAUCCUAUGGAAAAAAUACUUCUGAAAGAAGUUUACCUUUUAAUUUAUGGUUUACAUUUUUUCCAUUUAAAGAAACGCCUUAUUAUGAAAUAUGUUUUACCUUACAAUCAGCAGCAACAUUGAGUGUUUGUGUCUGUGCAACAACAUUUGCAACAUUUUUAUUCACAAUAAACCUUUACGUUACUGGGCAGUUCAAAAUACUGCAACGAAGAUUGGAAACAGCUUGUCAAACUAAAAAUAUUGAAAAAAUAGAAUCAAUUAAACAAAUAAAUUUCAUUGUUGAAGAAUCGUAUACUAACCUUCAGAAGUGUAUCGAACUACAUCAACUACUCAUCCUGUACAUUGAAAGAAUAGAAAAAUUAUACUGCCAAAUAAUGUUGGUCCAAACACUAGGCAGUGUAUUGCAGAUCUGUUUCUCUGGAUUUCAAAUUUUAUUAGGAGUCGACAAUUCAAUUCUUCGAACGAUGCUGAGUAUAGUUUUUCUAAGUGGAUCUAUCAGCCAACUCCUUUUAUACUCCUGGUCAUGUCAUGAGAUCAUCGUCGAGAGUCUAGAAGUCGCUGAAGCUGCUUAUCGAGCGUACUGGUAUAAUUUGAGCUGGUCCAAGUAUGGAAAGUCUUACAGACAAGCUUUGUUGAUUAUUAUUGCGAGAUCAAGGAGACCCUGUGUUCUGACUGUUGGAAAAUUUGUACCUGUGUCUCUGGAAACAUUUACUUCAGUGUUUAAUACUUCGCUAUCGUACUUUACAAUUUUACGCCAAAUGAACGAAGAAAUAGAAGAUAAU